AGAAGCAGAGACAGAGAGAGGCAGAUACAUAAAGAGGCACCGAGGAAUUGAUGGAAUGACAGUGUGGUGGCAGGGGACAUACUGAGAGAGAGGAAAGACGGAGAGGAGGAGGGAGCGUGUGCGAAGUAGAGAGAGAGACAGAGGGGAUGUAAAAUAGGCAGCUUCAGUGACAGCGUAGACAAAGGUAGCUUCAGAGUGCAUGUGCGCCCUCUUUUUCAUUCACACUCACUCUCUCACACACACAUCCUCUCUCUCUCUUUCUCUCUCACUCACUCACACAGACAGAGACACACACUCUCACACACAGACCCUCGAGCAGAGGCAGCAGAGCUGUGAGGGUGUGAGGCAGCAUGAGAAGUGAUAUCUGUACUUCCACCCACACAUCUGUCUGAUGGAGUAACUUAUUUACAACAUACACAUACCUGCUGUAUGCACACUCACUAGCACACUUUGAUUAUAGGCGGGCAGACACACACACACACUCGCAAGCUCACACAAUCUGUCUGUGGCCAGAAGUCAACAUGGGUCUUGUGAUGGGAACCUUUUCCAUGCAAACGAAGCAGGUGAACUACCACAAAGAUAAAGCUGAUGAUGACUUGGAGAUGACCAUGGUGUGCCAUCGACCAGAGGGCCUGGACCAGCUAGAGGCUCAAACCAACUUCAGCAAAAGAGAGCUCCAAGUGCUCUACAGGGGCUUCAAGAAUGAGUGUCCAAGUGGCGUUGUAAAUGAGGAAACUUUCAAGCAAAUAUACUCCCAGUUCUUCCCACAUGGAGAUGCCAGCACCUACGCACACUACCUGUUCAACGCGUUUGACGCAGCACACACCGGCUCCAUAAAGUUCGAGGACUUUGUGACAGCUCUGUCCAUCCUGCUGAGGGGCACUGUCACUGAGAAGCUCCAGUGGACAUUUAACCUCUAUGAUAUCAACAGAGAUGGAUACAUCAACAAAGAGGAGAUGACAGACAUUGUCAGAGCGAUAUACGACAUGAUGGGGAAAUACACUUACCCUGUCUUGAAAACUGACGCACCCAGACAGCAUGUGGAUGCCUUCUUUCAGAAAAUGGACAAAAACAGAGACGGCGUGGUCACUCUUGAUGAAUUCAUCCUUUCUUGUCAAGAGGAUGAAAACAUCAUGCGGUCUCUGCAGCUCUUUGAAAACGUCAUCUAGACAACAAAGAAGAGGGAGACGGCGCUAUAGACGAAAGCAUGGAGAUUGAGAAAAGAGAAGAAAGAAGGGAGGGAGAAGGAGAGAUGAACAUGCACAAGAAAAGGAACCGCAUAGCUUGCAAUUGAAACGAUACAAAGAGCUUGUUGCUUUGUGUGUGACGGUUGCCGCAAAACUUCAUGGGAGGUGUCUUGCUGUAACAAAUCCAUGGCGACAAACCAUCACUGGUUUUUGGAAAAUGUCCUUCAGAAUAAAACACGUCAUUUGACCUUUCUGUGACCAUUCAUCUCGUCUCCAUCUCCCUCGAUUGUUGCUGUUGUUACGGUUACCGUCAUGUUGGACAGUGUGUACUUCAUGCCAUCAUGUAAAUACGGAUUCUUUCACAUUUGGUCAAAUCCUUUUCUGAAAUAUGUUAAUUGAACCACGUUAUGAGGACUGGUAUUUCCUAAAAGCAGCUUGGCAGUGAGAUCAAACAAAUGCAUACUUUGUGCAUUAGAGGCUUAAAUAAUAGCUGCUUUCAUCAUGAACUUCUGUGUCAAUACAACAAACAUAAGCAAUAUUGUGAAGCAUGCAAGCCAAGAGGCCUACGGCAUAUCUAACAUAUAUGUGCCAUACGAAACUUAGUGGCAACACAGUCAUCUUCUUGCUCUAAAUGGUGAUAUUUGGGAGGCCAGGCCUGGGCGUAGCAUCUCACAGAGCCACCUCAUCCGUUUUUCAGACACAGGCCUGUAAAGGUUUGCACAGCUGAGCGCGACCGCAGCCAGCUUGCGUCUUGUGGCAGUUUUACAACAGUCCCCAUAAAGCCCUCGUUACUCCUACUAUGUGUGUUCCAGUGGUGUCAGUCAGUGUUUCAAUGUUGUAACGACUCGACUGUAGAUAUUUAACUCUGGUAUUUGUGGCUUCUUCUCGCUGUCUGGAAUCAUCCGUGUCCGUCUGUGUGUCUCUGAUUCUGACUAUCCGUCUCGUCUUUCUGUCAAAUUGGAUAUAACUGUAGCCUAAUUAUUCUACCUGGCAUUCAUUGUUAAAUAGAGUCUACCUAGAGGUUUACUGCAGUACAGAUGCAGAGUGAUACAGGGAUCUGCAUGCGUCUAAGUGUGUGUGUGUGUGUGUGUGCGUGUGUGUGUG